AUGGAAAAGAAAAGCCGCGACGCGUGUAGCAUUUACGCCACGAUCGUCAUUCUAGCGCAGAUAUGCGUUUUGACAUUCUCUUCCCUUCUUCAAUUCGUCUCUGACCAAUUCACUCCAUUCGUGAUCACUGUAGCCUGUAUCCUCCUUGCCGUUUUAACACUUUCCGCGCUUCAUCGCCACAACUCUGCCCUCAUCGCCGUUUACAUUUUUCUUCAGCCCCUCUUUAUCGGAUGGAAUGUGUUCUUGUUUCUGCUCUAUCUUCAAAUCGGACCUCUUGAAUUUCCCUACGACAAAUCCCUCCGCGCUCAAGAACUCCCAGAAGAAGCUUUAGGCUCUGGUGACUUUGAGUCUUCUGCUGACGGAUCAAACUUCUUCUCAGACGACGAAGAGCUAGAAUUCGUUCGUGCGGAGAAGACGAGGAGCUUUCAACCAGUCCUUGUAAACGCGACUUUUACCGAAACGGAAAGACAGAAAGAAAAUACUUUCCUGAACAUUUUAACGCUGUACACGAAUACGAACAAACAAUCAUAUCUGCUCGCGCAUCCAAAAUUGCAAAAUAUUGUGUUCGAAGAAGAUGCCCUUUUCUUUGUCGAAGAAGCGGUAACACUCGGCCGUCUUCUGGAAGUCGUUCUGCUGCUGCUGAUCAUCAUUCUUUGCUCGAUCGGCUUUUUAACUUCUAUCUUCGCAUUCAAGAAAGCGCGUGAAGUCGAAACAAGCCGACUUUACAAGGACAACGCAGAUUUCCAUUAUCAAGCAAAUUUCCCCGCCGUGAACAACGACCCCAACGCUGCAUCCUUCGACCGCUUGCUCCAAGCAGACAGCUGCGAUCGCAUCCUCCAGUCGCAUCCUUCUUUCCAGCGUUCCUUCGCCGUAAAUAUGGCUCAAAGUUCGUAUUCGACGCGCAACCGCUAUCCCAACCACACCCAAUACUAG